CACCGCCUUCAUAUAGCUGGAAUAUUGCUGAGUGCGGCGUUAAACAACAAACAAACCAACCAACACACAUGCGCUAGUCUGUUAUUACCACUCUAGAAGAAUUUUUUCCAGUGUAUGUCGAGUGAGUGAGUGAACGCGAAGUGCCACGGCUGGUUUUACAUAGUGUACCCAUGUGUGGAAUCAAACCCAGGCCCUUAGAGAGACGAGCGGAUGCUUAAAAAAAUAACCCCUGUGCUACCCAACUGAAAUAACAUGAUCACCAAUGGACCACUGUUUCUAUACUGAAGAUGCUGGGAGGAUAUGUUCUUUGUCUGCGAAAGAAGGAGUUGAACAAUUUUGUCUUAUUUCACAUCUAGCAUGUCUAUCAAAAAUAUUUUUGAGUAUAAAGCCCUUUCUGCAAAAAAGAUUUUCACAGUCCCUCUACACGAUAAUCAAAAGAUCCACCCUUUAUUGAAGUAUGUAUAUAUUUACAGGCCUCUACACGAUUAUCAAAUGGUCCGCCCUUUAUUGAAGUAUGUAUAUAUUUACAGGCCUCAACACGAUUAUCAAAUGGUCCGCCCUUUAUUGAAGUAUGUAUAUAUUUACAGGCCUCUACACGAUUAUCAAAUGGUCCGCCCUUUAUUGAAGUAUGUAUAUAUUUACAGGCCUCUACACGAUUAUCAAAUGGUCCGCCCUUUAUUGAAGUAUGUAUAUAUUUACAGGUCUCAACACGAUUAUCAAAUGGUCCGCCCUUUAUUGAAGAAUGUUUACAGGCCUCUACACGAUUAUCAAAUGGUCCGCCCUUUAUUGAAUGUUUUGAAAGAUGAGGACAUUGACACGGACCCUCCUCAUAGUAGUGGUGCUUUCCGUGAUUCCAUUUUUACUCCUGUAUAUAUACAAUUCUACCUCAAGUCCAAACAACAGGUUGGAUUCCACAAACAAGGAACCAACAUUCCCACUUCGACCAGCCAUGAUAGAGCAACAGAGGACCAGACACGAACUCAUCACCAAACACUGUCAGUCCGACCCUCCCGGAACGGCAACAAGCGUUGUGAUCGACCCACGAUCAAUGGUGUCCUUCUGUCAGAGCCACAAGAUCGCGUCAACGUUUUGGCUGCGGGUGUUUCACUUCCUCCACUAUUACAACCCCGAAUACAACAUCACCCGCUUUAACCCGUUCACUGUGAGCAAGUACGAUGUUCACCUCAGCCCCAAGAAACUCAGGUUAUACAACCUGUACAACGCAGAGAACAGAAACUUAAUUUUUAUGACAACACGGUUCAUGUUUGUUAGAGAACCAUACACAAGACUCUGGUCUCUGUUCCUUGACAAAUUUGUGAUCCUUGAUAAAUUCUUCCUCCAGACCUUCGGUUCUCUGAUUCUUAGAAGAAAAGGGCACCAUAUCAAGAAUCCAUUCAAAAUGUGUCGAACGGAUUACAGUACUGUGUCUUUCCAGGAUUUCUUGGAUCUUAUUGUGCAUUGGGACAACGAGACUCAGGGUGCGAUGGAUGAUCAUUUUGGGACUGUUAUGGGUCAUUGCAGUCCAUGUAGGUUUAAACCUAAUUUUGUUGGUAAACUGGAAACGUUUGAUUCUGACAGUAAAUAUAUACUGCAGCUACUUGGUCUAAAUGGCUUUGUUAAAGUCAUGGAUCAGACAGAUCAUGUUCUGGAGGAGAUGCGCAUGCUUGUCGACUAUAAUUAUCUAGUCUUUGAACGAAACUUUAAGUCAUGUUUCGUGCAUUGUGUAAAACGACUUUUAGACGCUUUUCAAAUGAAUGGAUACCUGAGCAGAAGGUCUGUAGAGAGGUUAAAAUCAAAACUUCCUUUGUCCAAACUGAUCUUAACAAGGGAGAUAACCAGUGAGUACCAACACAGCAAUCGAACUUCUAGUCAAAUGACAAAAGCAAAACGUCAAUGGAAAGUUCAUGCAUAUGGGAAAAUAAGAAGAGAUACACUGCUGGCAAUAGAGCGAAUUUAUGAAAAGGAGUUGCUCACAUUUGGGUACGAUCCUUACCCAAAGGAUGUCUUCCAGUAGAUCUUCAGACCGCCGUCAAAUAGCUGGAAUAGUACGGCGUUAAACAACAAACAAAAUAAACAAGAGUUUGCCACUAACGUGGCUAUAUCCCCCGCCCCUGUUGCAGAAUUUAUGACAUAAUUAAAUCUAAACAAACCCUAACCUUUUUUAACCGAGGUGGAAUUUGUCAUGGAAAUUGUAAAAAAAAGAAGAGUUUGGAACCAAAGUCCAUCUUGCUGCCAUGGAAACGUCAAAAAUGAAAAGUUCUAAUUUUUCUAAAUAGCAAAAGGCACCAGUUCAACAUGUACUGGACAGACCUGCAAAGUUUGGUGAAAAAAUAUCGAACGGUUUCUGAGUUAUGCUCCGGAAAUGAAACGUGACGUACGAACGGACGGACGGACGGACGGGGCCCGUUUCUAUAUCCCCCGCCAACUUUGUUUGGGCGGGGGAUAAUUAAUAUUUCAUACCCCGGAUGCAGAAACGAAACAAAGAAAUACUGAGGGCGUAGUUUCUUUGCAAACUUCUCGUGAUACUUUGUCAAGCUUGCCAAUUAUUCAUGACCAUGUUUGAAUCAAAUUAAAAACAUUGCUACUUA